GAAGAUAUGUUACUGGACUAAUUAGACUACGCCACAGUUUCUAUUUAUAUAUGAAGGUACGAAGCGCUGACACGUCCAGAUAUAUUGUGGUAUUUUCCAUUUCUGCUUUAUCGUCAGGUUGCUUACACAUUCUGCUUUGUGUUUAAUUGGCUUUAUACAGAUCUUGAACAUUUGAACAAAAUGCCACCAAAACGAAAAGCUGCAGCUGCCAAGAAAACAGCAGGGGGUAAAAAAGCUAAGAAGUUAGUAGUGAAAGAAGAAGAAGUUGCUGCUCCAACAAUGAAAGAUACAAUUAAUAAAUUAAAAAUUGCUGACAAGGGAAAGAAAAAAACUUUUGCACCUGAUAAAGGAUGUACCUUGAGUGGGGCAAGUGUUUUUGAAGAUUAUGAUUGUAUGUUAAAUCAAACAAAUAUCGGUCAUAAUAACAAUAAAUUCUACAUCAUUCAAGUUUUAGAACAUGGCACUGGUAUCUUUUAUGCAUGGAAUAGAUGGGGACGUGUGGGAGAAAGUGGUGACUCCAAACUCACUCAUGGAACAAAAGAAGAAUGUAUUAAAAUGUUUGAGAAGAAAUUUCAAGAUAAAACUAAAAAUAAAUGGGCUGAUCGUGAGGAUUUUAAAGCUAAACCAGGAAAAUAUACUUUAAUAGAGAUGGCAGGAGAUGAUGAUGAGGAUGAAGUCGAUGCUCCUGUAAAGGUUGAUUUGUCAGGGAAGACAAUUGCAGAAUCAAAAUUAGAUAAAACAACACAAAAAUUUAUGUCUUUAAUAUUUGACUUGGAUAUGUUUAAAGAUUCCAUGAAGAAGUUUGAUAUUGAUGUUAAUAAAAUGCCAUUGGGUAAACUCAGUAAAUCACAGAUAGCUAAAGGUUUUGAGAUAUUAGAUGAGAUAGAAGAUAUUUUAAACAAGAAAAAAAAAGGUAAUCUAACAGAGUUAUCUUCCCGAUUCUACACAGCUAUUCCCCAUAGCUUUGGACGUCGUAUUCCACCAAAGAUAGACACAUUGGAAUUAGUCAGACAGAAAAUGGAUAUGUUGAUGGUGUUAGCUGAUAUUGAAUUAGCUCAAGAAAUGACAAAAGAAAAGGAUAAGAUGAUGACAGAAGCUGUAAAGGGAGAGGUGCCUAACCCAAUUGAUGUUAAUUAUGAUAUGCUGAAAUGUGAGCUAGAAUUAGUCGAUCCCAAAUCUAAUGAUUUCAAGUUGAUUGAAACAUACACUGAUCAAACUCAGGGUUAUCGCAAGAUUAAAUUGCAGCAUGUCUGGAAACUAAGUCGUGACGGAGAUGAUGCGAGAUUUAAGGCUCAUAAAGAUAUUAAAAAUAGAAAGUUACUUUGGCAUGGAACUAAUAUUGCUGUCGUAGCUGCCAUAUUAAAAACUGGUUUACGUAUUAUGCCCCACAGUGGAGGUAGGGUAGGAAAGGGCAUCUACUUUGCUUCAGAGAAUGGUAAAUCUGCUGGAUAUGUAUCAUGUAAUAAUAAAACAGGUGUGAUGUUUUUGAGUGAAGUAGCGCUGGGAAAAGAGAAAGUAAUUUAUACUGAUGAUCAUACACUCAAGUCUGCUCCUAAAGGUUUUGAUUCAGUUCUUGCUAAAGGUGACACAGAACCAGAUCCAUCUAAAGAUAAAAUAAUUAAAAUUGAUGGUAAUGAUGUUAUUAUACCCCAGGGUAAACCUAUCAAGCAGAACAAUCCGUCACGUUCCAAUUUUUCACAGAGUGAAUAUUUGGUAUAUAAAGAGAGUCAGAAUAGAUUACGAUAUAUGUUACAAUUAGAAUUUGCUUACUAAACAAACUCUGUGUCAUCCAUUACUCACAGUCUAAUGAAGAUUAAAUGUUACUUUAUUAUGGGGGCUCAAAUCUACGGAGACAAGCUCAGGCGCUCAGGAAAUUUGCUUAAUAAUAGAACCUUUCACUUUAAGCCAAGCCAAUAAUCUAGAUUGUAUGUACUACUUUUCCAAUCAAAAGAUGUCAUUUACAACACUUUAAAACAUUUCAUGUAAAUUUUCUGUAAUAGGGUAUUUCAUUGGUGCUUUGUUCUGGAGUUCAAGUUCAGAGGGAAAUAUACACAUGUAUAGUAAACAGAACGAAUUAUUGAUAUAAUUUUAAUUAGACUGUGAUUUUUACACACACAUAUAUUCAUUUAAUGUGUAAGAUAGCCUGCCACGUUAUGAUUUGUAUUUUGUUGGUAAUAUUUAUGUGGACGUAUAUUGUGGUCACUCCUGUCCGUCUGUCUUUCCACAAUUUGUUUGUGAACACUCUACAGGUCACAAUUUUUAUCUGAUUUUGAUGAAACUUGAAAUAUGGGUUUAUCUCCCAAAGAUCUCAGUUCCUUUCGAUAUUGGUAUGUAUCAGAUUGUAACUUCAUGGAUUAUGGCACCUGAUUGUAAGAAAAAUCACGUUUUUAGAUUGUGGACACAAUUUUUAUCAGAUUUUGAUGAAACUUAAAAUAUAUCUUUAUAUCCCAAAAAUCUCAGUCACUUUCGAUAUUCGCCCAUCAGACCAUAACUUGUUGGAUUAUGGCACCUGAUUGUACGAAAAAUCACUGGGGUUUGUAUAUGAACCUACCAGUAGUUAUGAAUACACAGCUUUGAUGGUACUGUACUUAAAUGGUAUAUUUUUUAAAUGAUCAUUUAUUUGACAAUAUGUUUAUUAUAUUUAUCAUUUGUAUCAAUAGAAACUUUCAUAGAUUAUAUAUAAUACAUGCUUGUGAUAAGUACAAACCAACUGGAUUAUUAGAUUAUUGGGAUACUAAUGAAUAGCCUUGUGUGAGCAAUAUUCUUAUUUUAGAUUUCGAAACAUAAAGUAUUUGUAAAUUAGGCAUAUUAAGAGUUGUGGAAGUAGAAUGUGAUCAACUUUCAUGACUCCAGUUGUAAGCAGUCAUUUUAAUACUGUGUUGAGUUUAGUUUUGACAAUGAUAUGUCAACAGUUUAGGUAGUCAUUUUAAUGCAGUGUUAAGUUUAGUUUUGACAGUGCGUAUGUUAACAGUUGUAAAAAGUCAUUAAGUGUUGAGUUUAGUUUUAACAACACAUAUGUCAACAGUUGUUAUCAGUUUGAGCCCUGUUAAGUUUUUAGAUUCACCAUUUCAAACAAAAAGUAAAACAUGGCAACUAAAAACAAUCUCUCAAAACCAAACGUUUGAAAUAGAUCGCACCGGAAAUUGUUUCUGUCAUAUUGUACUUUAUUUUAUUAAGAUAUAUUUAUUAUCGUUCCAUGUUUUAUACACAUACUAAUUUUACUAGUGUUUGUUUUUAUAUUUAUUUUGUUAGAGUAAGUUUAAAUUUUCUACCUUUGUUAUGACUACAUAUAUAUAUAAUUGUUUUGUGUGUGUGUAUAUAUAUAUAUAUAU